AUGGCUGAUGCGUUGGCUACCCUAGCUUCCCUGAUUAAAGUAAGCAAACAAGAGGAUAUUAAGCCUAUCCAGAUGAGUAUCGAUGAGACCCCGGUUCAUUGUUACAGCAUCGAAGAAGAGGAAAAUGAUGAUCAUCCUUGGUACCAAGAUAUACUACGAUAUGUGAAGAAUCGUGAGUACCCUGACCAAAAAACUGAGAAUGAUAAGAGGAUAUUGAGAAGACUAGCCAGUGACUAUGUCUUAGAUGGGGAGAUCUUAUGCAAAAAGGGAAAGGAUCAGGUACUAUUAAGAUGUUUGGACGUUGUGAAGGCUAAGAAAAUUUUGGAGGAAGUCCAUGAGGGUAUCUGCGAAACGACCUCCACUGGGGCAACGCCUUUCUCUUUGGUUUACGGAAUGAAGGCAGUUUUGCCUAUUGAAGUCGAGAUUCCUUUUCUCUGA